GGGCGUUGCCGUUGUCUGUCAUUGCCUAGGGCGGGGAGUGGCCGGUCUCCAGAGGGCUUUGGCGGCCGCCGUGCAAGCGGGGAAAGAGUGUGUGGAAAACGGUUACGGAUUUGCUGGUUGUAGCGUUUAUCCUUCGUGUCCAAAGUUGUCAGAGAGCGAGAGGGACAGUGUUACACACGUAAAACGGUUGAUAACAGAGAACUGCUCAACAGGGAGUCAGUUGACAAGAAGGUGCCGGUGGCUCUAGAGCCUGAUACUGGAGCCUGCUGGACAGGAAGUUGCAAAGGGGGAGGACUGAGCACAAUUUUCAAGAUAAUACGGUUUUGGAUCCAAAAGGGUAGAGAAUGGCGGACCUUGGACAAAACUUCAGCCUUCAGGAUGCCAUGACAGAUGGGCCAGCUGAGAUUGAAUCAGAAGUCAAGCAGGAUUUUAUAACCUCUCUAGAAAACGAGAAAUUUGACGAUGAAGUCGGCGAGACCUGCGACAAGUCCAACUAUGUUCCUCUGUUGGACGAUGAUGAUGUAAAGGAACCAAAGAACAAAUCAGAACGUUCUGCUGCACCUCAUGACUCAAUUAUGGAGAAUGGGGAACACAACCUUGGAGAAAAUGAAGUCACAGAUCCAUUUGGGUCAAACUACGAUGAGAAUGUCUUGUCAGAUCUACCUCCCUUUGAUACCACAAACCAACCUGCCUUAUCAGAGCACUUUGAAGCUGAAAGAACGGUUCCCGCUGAAGAGCUUAACCCAUUCGAGGAAGGCUGGCUGACCGAUUCCAAUUCAAAAACAGAUUCACCCAGUGGAGAUAUCUCUGAAAUAACCACCGAUAAGUUGGGAUGUAUCAUUUCAGCCACAUGUGGUGACACACCAAGUGACAGCUCAAUCCAGGUUCCACUUCCAUUGACCCAGAGUGACAACAUGGCUGGGAUCUGGCAGCCGACUGCUGAAGAACAGCUGGCACUAAGUCCACAUCAACCAGCAGAGCCCCUCCGGAGUUCCGAGGAAGCAACGUUACUCUUACCAGAAGGUCAGGCUUCUUUUGAUGCAUAUUUACAAGAGGGAAGCAGAGACUUCUUAUCACACGAUCAAGAAAAGCUGGAAUGUGGAGGAGCUGCUGAACUGAUCUCAUGUAUCUCAUUUGAUGCUCCAUUGGAUCCCUAUGCUGAACCACUCCCUGGACAUGAAUUUCCUCAUGAGUCAGAGGAGCAUGCAAAGGAAUCCAAUAUUGUGGAACCUGCCGAUAGCACAGUGAAUGAAGACAGUCCAGAAUACCUCUCUGUCGAUGCACAAAAUGCUCAGUUGGUGGAACAAAUAGAUGAAGCUGCGUUGUUACUUGCAGAAGGUCAGUUGAAUGAAGUGGGGCAGCCUGAAGACACUGCAAACAACCCGGUUGUUGAAGAAAGGGAUAGAGAAGGAUCUACUACUAAUGAAGAGCUUCUAGAUUCAGAGGAGGUAGAACAUCAAACUGCUGAAACCCCUUCCGAAAAACUAGACCUCGUUUUAGAAGAAUGCAAAUCUGAUACCUCGACUCCUCAUGGUGGUGAUACCCCUUCUGAGCAAGAGCUAAUUCUAGAGGAGGAAAACCAAAACUACGAGGCACAACUUCCAUGUGAAGAUUUUUUGCCUAGCAAAACUGAAGACAAGGAUUUGCUUCAGUACAAAACUGAAGACGAGGAUUUAUCGCCUCUCAAAACUGAAGGACAGGAUUUGUUGCCUUUAAUAACUGAAGAUGAGGUUUUGAAUCCUGCCACACCUGAAGCUGAGGUUUUGACUUCUCACAUACCUGAAGCUGAGGUUUUGACUUCUCCCAUACCUGAAGCUGAGGUUUUGACUUCUCCCAUACCUGAAGCUGAGGUUUUGACUUCUCACAUACCUGAAGCUGAGGUUUUGACUUCUCCCAUACCUGAAGCUGAGGUUUUGACUUCUCCCAUACCUGAAGCUGAGGUUUUGACUUCUCCCAUACCUGAAGCUGAGGUUUUGACUUCUCCUAUACCUGAAGCUGAGGUUUUGACUUCUCCCAUACCCGAAGUGGAGGUUUUGUUUGCUCCCAUACCCGAAGCGGAGGUUUUGUCUGCUCCCAUACCUGAAGAGGACGUUUUGUCCGCUCCCAUAUCCGAAGUGGAGGUUUUGUCCGCUCCCAUACCCGAAGCUGAAUAUUUUUCUGCUCCCACACCUGAAGUUGAAUAUUUUUCCGCUCCCACACGAGAAGCUGAGGUUUUGUCUGCUCCCAUACCUGAAGCUGAACUUUUGUCUCCUAUCACACCUGAAGCAGAGGUUUUGUCAAAUCCAAAAACCGAUCUUUUGGAUGAAAACAUAACCGAAAACUUGCUUGUCCCUGAAGAUAUCCCAGCCCAACAAGCAGUGCUUCAUUUUGAAGAGGCACUUUUACAGCAAACAUCCUCUGAAGGAAGCCCAGUGGAAGAACAAUCAUCUGUUGUAGAAACUGCACCUGAGAAAAAUGAUGAGCAUAAAGCAGUGCCUCAUGUCGAAUUCCCCCAAGACAUUCAAGCAUCCUUAAGGCGAGGUUACAAAACAAGUGAACGCAGAUUUGGCAGAACGAAAACAGUGGUUCCUGUUACAGGUGACCUCACUGAACCACACUUAGAUAGGCAGAGUGCUGAAAGCAGGGGCAUUUUGGCCUCUAGAGCCAAAGAUUUGCAUAAAAAAGCUCACGACCUCAUGGAGAACAGACAAGAAGCCUUAAAAGAUGGUGGGGAAAUGGACAGUGCUCAGGCAUUGAUGAAGAAGAAAAAGAAAAAACCCAGACAGAAGAAGUACACUCAAACUAGAGUGUCUGAGUUUUUUAAAGAAGAUGAUUUUGAUUUGAAUAUCAGAGAUCAGACUGAGCUCCAAGUCUCGGGGUCUGAACCCAUGGGGCAGCAAAAGACUGUUAGGAGAAAACACUUCAUCAGAGAAGUAGAACAAAACAAUGACCCUCUAAUGUUUGCAACAAAUCAGACAUGUUCAUCCACAAGAGAAGCUAUAGAAAUGGGUGCAAAUGCAGAGGUCAGCCUACCUGUACAGUGUUUUACAAAUCAAGAGCAAGACCCUCAAAAUAUGGGGACAAUUGUUAAUCCCUACAAAAUUGCAGAAUCUCCAUAUAUGGCUCUAGGCACAGUGCUGAAAGAUUCAACUCCUUUGGAGAACUGGGAAAACAUUUUACAUGAGCCAGAAAAAUCAUUAGACCAAAUGGAGGCUAAUGUCACAUUGGCUGACAAAGUCCUUACUAAAUGCCCCUAUUUAAAACAUGUCCUUAAAGAGGUCAAGCAGCCUGAACAUUCAGAUACAUAUACAUCUAAAACAGAUACAAAUACAACUACCUGUCCCUCUACAGACUUGCCAGAAGGUCCGAUUCUAGUAGCCGAUUUGGCAAAAUCACAGCUGGAAGCUGACAAAUUAUUUAGUGUUAAGACCAAAAAGGCAGAUGGAACACUGAAUGAUAACUGGAUUUCAGGGCCUUCAAAAGAUUUCAAACCAGUACAUAACAUACCAGAGAUAGGAGGGUCUAAACCUAUCAGCAUUUGUAAAAAGGAACAAGCUAGUAGAAAAGAUAAACCCUCAGAUGAGAAGUCUGUUAUGACUACUGAUGAAAAAGAACCCCACAAAGACACUAGGCAUGAAGCUGUAACUGCUGUUGACACUAUGACCGAGCAAGACCAAAGGAACAAUAACACUGAACGCACACAAUCUAAACAACCUGAUAGUUCUGAAGGUCAGGCUGUUAAAUCUGAGUCCAGGAGUCAGACUUUAGGAGUACAGGUUUUUCCUAAAGAGGUUCCAGGAUCAAAUUUUACGUGUGUAGAUCAUUUUCCUGAAUUGAAUAACAAUAACCCCAUAAAUCAGGGCUUAGACACUGGUAUUAUACCUCGUCCUUUACACUUGGCAAAAGGGGAUAAGCCAAAGAGAGAAAAUGAGAGAAGGAAAAGAAGCUCACACUCCUUUUCAGAAUCGGUAGUAAAUGCAGAUGUGGCAGAACCAGAAUCAAAAGAUUCCAUUGUGGUUGUUGAUAGCACUUCUUCUCAAAGUCUUGCCCCAAAAGAAACCAUUUUUGAGCCACUCACUAUAAUUGAAAAGGAGACAAUUGCACUUGAGCAGCCUUCUCCUAUUACAUUUGAAGUUGCCGAUAACCCAUGCCUUGGUGAGGACACCUCACUAUUUCAACGUCAAAUAAAAAACAAAAGAGGAAAAGCCAAAACGAAGGCAGAAAUUAAAGCCAGUGAAGGUACUGAUGGUGGGCUGCAUUUGUAUUCUGAGCCGGCUACUAUGUUUGAAGGAGGUGGAAUAAGGAAACCUAAAGAAACUGUUUCCCCUGUCAGCAGAAGCGAACGAGGUUCUUUAAAGCGCACGCAUGGAGCAGAGAAGACAAAAAGUUCAGUGUUACCCGAGAUGGUUGGAAACCAGAAGACGCCUGAAGCUGGGGUCGUACAAAGCAAUGUUGUGGAUUCCCCAGCAGAUUCUUUAGUAACGCCCUCCAAGGAAAUAAUGGCUAUAGUUGACAAUGCUGUAAAAGAAAAGGAACGUGAUACAUGGCUUGCUGAAUCCUUAAACGUUAAACCUGAUUUAUUUACCACUUUUCCCAAGGACCAGGACAUAGACCAAAAAUGUAAGCCAAACAAAUCUAAAAAUUCAGAUUUACCAAAACAUCUCAAUGAUGAUAUUUUAAUACUUACAGCUGCCUCAGCUGAUAUUACCAUCAAUGACAAAGUAACACCUGAAAUUAAAGAGAAAUCCACUGCCCAAAUCGGCCUGAAAACCUUGGUUGAUAAACCUGAGAAGAUCGAUUCUUUGGUGACUCAUUCUUUAGAAAAUAUAGACUCAAAGGAUGAGAAACCAAAGCUAAGCCAAGAAAAAAAAAUCCAGGGCCACUGUAAAACUGCCCACCGUAUCUAUAUGGAGAAUAUAGAUUCUUUGGUGACUCAUUCUUUAGAAAAAAUAGACUCAAAGGAUGAGAUACCAAAGCUAAGUGAAGAAAAGAAAAUCCAGGGUCACCAUAAAACUGCCCACCUUAUUGAGGUGCCAGUCAUUGUCUACCCAGAUGGGAAAUGUAAGACCUCUGAGCUAAAGGAACACAAUCAUAUUGACGGUCAGAAAAGCGAUGGUGAAAAUUUGUCUAAAGUAGAGGAAUCCAAAAGCAGGGUUGUCGACUUCCCUGGAACCGACACGUCGGCAGUUCACAGCACAAGUUUAAUAGAUUUUCACCCUGAAGCAUCUCUUGAAGCUGCUGUGGAGAUGCUUGAAGGUUCCAUUGCUGCUCCAAUCUGCAGCGAAAAAGUGAUUGUUGAAGAGAAACUUGAGUGUUCGGAUGUGUCAGGUCUCAGUCAGCCAGUGGAAAAGGAGCAGAUUUUGCCAACGUCUUCACUACUACAGACAGACGGCAUAACAGAACCACAGUUGCCUGAGGAUGAACUGCUAUUUGUUGCCAGUCUUGAGGGAGGCUACUCUCAGACGGACAAUGAAAAGCUUCUAGAUAAAGCAUCUGAAAGUACUCCAAAAUCUUCUCAUUUAGGUGAAAAUAAGACCAAAGAGGUCUCUAAAAUCAAAACUGAAGCAGCCCCAGUAACUGUUAAGAAAGAGAAAACACCGCCAGCCUCUGAAAAAUUACAAAAAAAAAUCCCCAGCAAAUCCGCUGAAAAGACAAAGGCACCCGAACCAUUAAAAGGUUAUAUGAAGCCCACGAAAUCCAGAGGAACCAUGACUACUUUACCAAAAUCUUCUCCCUCUGAUACUGAGAAGCCAAGGCAUCUGAACGACAUCCAUUUAAUUCAACAAAGGCAAGAUAAAGCAAAACCAGAAACAGCAGAACCUGCUGCUGCAGCUGCAACAGAAAAUGAAAAGACGAGUCCACCAAACAAAGAGCUCCCCCCAAGCCCAGAGAAGAAAACAAAGACUUCUGCUGCAACACCAUCCAAGACUCCAUUGAGCAAAAGCAAACCCACAGGGGCAGCCACUGCCCCCAGUCCCAAGAGAGCUCUUUCUGCUACACCUACCCAGAAAAAGUCUGCUAGCCCUGCUCCAGCUUCUACAACAACACCAAAACGCCCCCUGAGCAGUGCUAGCAGGGUCACCAGUGCAACUCCCAAAGACUCCAAGCCCAAGACUCUUGAUUUGAAAAGCCCUGUGAAAAGCCCAGACAAGAAGCCAGCGGCUCUGAAGCAAACUCCAACAUCCGCUACUCCCAGAACCUCUGUAAAGGCCAGUCCUGUAGCCUCCAAAAGCAGCACAGCUACAACAGCAGCACCCACCACAGGAAGCACAGCACCCAAAGCUGCUGUUACCCCAAAAAGGCCAACAGCCCCCAAGAUUGAUGUAAAAGCCGCAGAUGUCAAGAGAGUCCCCAGCACCAAAUCCACCAUAGAUGCAAGUCGUCCAAAAUCGGUUCCAGCUGACUUGACUAAGGCCAAUGGAGCAGCAGCAGCUCCCACUCGUCCCAGGACAACCAAGCCUGCUGUUCCCAAAACCACUGGGGCUUCCAGCACAGCCAUGGAGGCAAAGAAGUUGCCAACUGCCAGAACAGCUCCACUGGCCAAGCCUAGCACUGCUCCGCUGAGUAAAACUUCCACUGCCCCCCUCAAAACCGCUGCAGCUCCUAAGCAGCCCCGGCCAGCUACAGUUCCUGACCUGAAGAACAUCCGCUCAAAGAUUGGUUCCACAGAUAAUAUAAAGCACCAACCAGGGGGAGGCAAGCAGGUGGAAAAAAAACCUGUGCCAAUCAGCACAGCCAGGAAAGCUGUUCCCCCCGCCGUCCCUAAAACAGCCACUACUACUAAAUCCACAGAUACAAAAGAGGCUGCCCAAAAGCAGAGCAAUGGGAAAGUCCAGAUAGUCUCCAAAAAGGUGAACUACAGCCACGUUCAGUCCAAGUGUGGCUCUAAGGAUAAUAUUAAGCAUGUCCCUGGUGGUGGCAAUGUUACAAAUGCUGCAAAGCCAGCAACUGGGGGUACCCGCCCACAAGCAUCCGGCGCCCACAAACCUGGCAGUGCCAACGUCCAGAUUCUCAACAAGAAGAUUGACCUGUCAAAAGCUUCAGCCAAAUGUGGCUCAAAACCCAGUAUGAAGAACAAACCAGGAGCAGUGGAGACAAAUACUGGCAAUUCCAAAAAGCAGGAGACAGCAAAGGAGACUCAGGAGGAGAUUGUAAAAGUAGUUGAAAGCCAAAAUAUUGGGGAACAGGACCUUCCUUCCCAGAACGGAGAUCUAGUCACUCCCUCGGAAGUCCCGAGACAGGAAUCACAGGAGAAUGGGGUGGGAGAGAGAAGCCCAGCAGAGGGCGAUAAUCAAAGGGAAAGCUUCAACACUCUAAUACCAGAGACAAGCAUCUAACGAUGAAUUUGUGGUGUCCUCAUCCAUUUCCCACAUUGUCCAAUCUCAUCCCCAUAAAACUCUUGUCAUGUGUUUUCCCUCCCGCUUGUUUUUCAACCCACCUCCGAAAUUCGCCACACUGUUUUACUGCAGAUUGAGACGCGCCCGAGGUGAUGUCCUGUGAGGUGCCGGCGCAAGAUGGACCACGGAGAAGACAUCUCCAUCUGAAUCCCAUGUCCUCCAGCCUAUCAGCACUUAAUCCUCCCCACAUAUCCCAUCGCGUGUGGCUUAGUACCUCAGACUGCGUGGGCUCAAGCCACCUGAUCAUCACCGCUGCAGAAGCUGCUUGUCGCUUCCAUAAAGUCCUCUCCAGGCUCUAACUGCCACUUCCCUGGCAAGGCUUGUGCUCCCAUUUGACAUUCUUUCUGCACUUUGUAAGAGCCGGACAAGCCUAGUCUUCUUAACUGUGUGUCUGGCUUAGCCCACGGCUCUCUGCUUACAUAGGGUGUGAUAUUUAUUUGCAUUUUAGCUGCUAGUAGGUUUUAGCUCUUAUCCUACAAUCUCUAUUUAUAUUCUUCUCUAUCUCAAUACAUAGUCUGGGGCAGAUAACAGGCUUGGAAUUGGACCCAUUUAAAGGGGAAAUAUUGCGAAAAUUUAAUUUAAGCUUCAGCAUACUGAAAUAGGAAACUUUCUAAAUACGAUCAAUUAAAAAUUCUGUACCGUUU